CACAAGUCAGGACUCAGAGACAUCUGAUCUAUCAGCCCUUCUGUUCAGAACAAAGAGAUGGGUCGGUGGAGCAGCUGCAUUUUUGUGGCAGUUUUUCUGUGCUAUGUUUUUAUUAGAAAUGCACAUUCUGCCAUUAUAUUUAAAGAUGGUGAACUUAAAGGAUCCCAGAGACAUCUUUUGGUGGUGGAAAGUGAUCAAACCACCACCAACGAUACUGUGAUUGGAAAAACAUCCAACCCUGAUGAUAGCCUAAAAUCGCUGCAGUGGUCCUAUCUGGCGGCAGGACUGGGGACAGUCCUCACCAUCUCCCUCCUCAUUGUAAUGGCCGUCAAGUUUCGCCUUUUCCAUCGCUUUCUGGCCAGCUACAGACACUCCCUGCUCGAAGAGACUGACGGGGUCAGCCAGUACGGUCGAGAGGAGAUGUCUUUCCCUGACGUGUCAGGUCAGAUAGGAGUAAUCGGAGGGACUCGAAGGGGGCUGGAUGAUGAUGACGAUGGCUUCAUUGAGGAUAACUAUAUCCAGACUGGUGAGAAAGAGAGGGUCCAGAGAGAGAGCCAGGAAGAGGAGGGGGAGGUAGAAGACAGCGAUGAUGAGCUCCAGUUCACCAUUGGGUGAUCAUGUAAAGAUUUAUUUUAUUUAAAACUACUGGGCUGAAAUUAAGAAAAAAUUAAGAAAAAACAAACUGAAUUUUUUCCUGCUUUUCAGCCUCUUAUAACAAAAAGAAGCAUAAACAUCACAAGAGGAAGGUUAAAUUUGAAGUGAGGCCUUGAUUUGUAAAUUCUCCUUCGUCUAAUGACCAAUGAGACUUUUUUUUAUUAUUCUUUGAUGGAAUUGAUAAGUAAAGAAAUGAAUAAAACAUCAUGCAGUAUAUUUAGUACUUGUACAAGAGGAGACAGGUGGUGCUUUUGACUAUACUGGAUUGUUGUCAGAAAAAAAAGACCAAAAAAAGAAAAAGUAUUGAAUAAAGUUUCUGAUUUUCCUGUUAAAAGGAGAAGAAAAAAUGUUUUUCUCUUUUCACUGUGUUAAAAUUGUUCAUUUUAAAGAUUAAAUUAGUAAUAUUUUGUUAGAGAAUGUAUUAUGCAUUCAUCAAGUUAUAUGUAAAGAGACAUGUAACCAUGUAUAACUUAGCACAAAAAGUAAUGAAAUUUGUUUUUGGUGGAUUAUUUCUUUUUUAAUAACAAUGCUACUUGACAAUAAAUUUUAUACUACUGGAAAGUCUGUUUAUUUUCCUUUUAAAUUGUGCCACAUUUGUAAGGAAAAUGCCCAAUGGUGAUUAACACUGCCGCCUCACAGUUAGGA